AUGAUAAAAGCUGAAAGCCAAUUCCCAACUAAUACACUGGACAAGAGCCGUCUCCUCGCGGAGAUCUCCAAGCGCCCGUCGAUCUGGGACACCCGCAUUAACUUUGCCGUCCGGCGUCCCAAGAUGCUCCUCGAUUGGCCAGCGGUGGGCCAGGCGAUGAGGUGCUGCGUGGAGGAGUGCAAGCGCCUGUGGAAGGGUCUCCGCGGGAAUUAUCGCACCGAGGUGCGCCGCCGCGUGGGAGGAUGCCGUUGGCGGUACUUCGAGGAAAUGGAGUUCAUGCGCGAGGUCUUCUUGAGGCCAAAGGAAAAGGAAGUGGCGCCGGUGCUCUGCCACUCUGGUGGUCUCCACUUUGAGGUGGCGGAGCAUCUAUUUGUGGUGCUGGACAGUAUGGAAACCGGUCUGGAUAUGGACGAGGAGAUGGCCAGGCAGUUGGGCUCCGAGAACUGGUUGUGGGACCCCAAGGUGGAACUUGCCCUGACCCUGGGGGCGGAUCUUCCUCCCUUUCCGCCUGCAGCGCCAUCAAUGGAUAUUCCCCCAUAUCCGGAUUUGAAUUCCAACGAUCCUGACUUAAUCUACGUAAGGGAACUGGUGCCCUUCGUCCAAUCCCUAAGCCAGCAGUCACGGCAGCGUUUCCGCAUCCUGGCAAGGGAUCUGCUUGGGCGAGUGAUGACCGAAAAUCAGCAGGGGGAAUAG